CUCACACGUAUCGUUCGGAAUUAGAGUUAGCGUCGCGUUUAGAGAGAGAACUCUACGUUUGUUGUGUCAUGCAGUGUAUUAAGAGUUUUCCUUCAUAUCUAUAAACAAAGUGUGCGUUUACGACAAAUGACUGGGGAUUGCUUCAUUUUUUCCUUUUUGUACACGGUCAUCUUUCGCGAAUGGAUUUGCACUUUUGUGUGAUGAAAGCGAUUGAUUGAUGUUAUUAACGAAAAAUGGACCAAGAACAGCGAAAUAUUUGAAAAUCGGUCGGAAAAUCAGAUUAUUACUUUACGAUGAAUAAGUGGAAAAAGAAAACAGCGCCUCGCAACGACAAGUAACCCAUGAUUAAAGCAACAGAGAUUUAAUGCAUGAAAAAUAAUACAAGCAGCAUGCGCGAGGAAAGCUCGUGAUCGUUGAGAAACCUGAGCAGCAAAAAUCGAAAGCGUCCACUGAUCGUUCGCCACCUGUCAAAUUCGAAGAGUAGAUAAGUGAGAGCGAGAGCAAUAAAAAGGUCGGUCGGAAUGUCGUUGAAGGUAGGCAGACAGGAGGAGCGCUGGUGAAGAGUUCAGAGGGCCCCGGUAGGUGGGUCCGGUCUAUGGAUAUAUUCGGCCGGUGCAACGGGGGCGCCGGCCUCGGGGUAAACGUGCCGCACGCGGCCGCAGCCAACCCCACCACGACGAGACCGGCGAACCUGCCAGCCUCGGUCGUCGGCGAGCUCGGGGGCAGCAACGCCACGGCCGAGGGCAGCAAUAACGUGUCGGCAGCCACAGCUCAGCCGCAACAGUCCAACAACAGCGGCAACAGAAUGCAGCUCACCUCGGCCUCCACGGCACCCGGCAAUGCGGCCUCCCCCGAGAGCGGCGUGUCGCCGCUCGCCGACGCUUACACCAAGAUGACCAGUGAUAUCUUUGCCGAGAGGACGCUCGGCGACUACAUGACUGAGCAUCCUGGCGAGCUUGUCAGGACGGGCUCUCCACACCUCGUUUGUACAGUCCUUCCAACGCAUUGGCGCUCCAACAAGACUCUGCCGCAUGGAUUUCGAGUGGUGUCGUUGGGCGACAUUGUCGACGGCACGGCCGUCACAGUCCGAGCGGGCAACGAUGAAAAUUGCUGUGCCGAGCUUCGAAACUCCACGGCGUUCAUGAAGAAUCAAGUCGCAAAAUUUAAUGAUUUAAGGUUCGUCGGCAGAAGCGGCAGAGGUAAAAGCUUCACACUGACGAUAACAUUAUCGACGACGCCACCUCAAGUUGCCACCUACGCCAAAGCCAUUAAGGUGACGGUAGACGGGCCACGCGAGCCCCGAUCCAAGACCAGUGAGUAUCACUGGCAGCAGUCGUUUCAUCCGCUGGCUUUCGCCUCGCAACGUAGCGGGCCGUUCUUUCCGUCGUCCCUGGUGGAUCCAUUGCAGUCGCUGCCGAGUCCUCUACAACCUCUGCCCAACCCCCUGCAGCCCAGAGAUCCGCUGUCGUCGUUUCGCCACGCUAUGUCCAGUAAUUGCCAAAACAUGUCGCAGUUCAGUCUGACAGCAAGCAACUCCUGGAGUUACGGUAGCACGGCAGGUUACGCUGGCUACCUGCCAGGGCCAUUGUCGUCGUGCGCAGCGCAGACGCCAUUUGCACCACCGCCAGCACCACCACCUCCGCCGCCCACAGCGUCUUCCAACACCGGCUCGUCUUUGACGAGUUUCGCUGGCAGCGCCACGAUGAGCAACACGCCCACGGCACCCGAUUCCACGGCGGGCAAUACGCCGACUAAUGUUCCUAAUGCCAAUGCCAAUGCCAACACCAAUGCAGCUAGCCAGCAAGAUGCUUUCUCAGCUGUUUCCUCGCUUCCAGACACAACGACACCUGGUGGUCAAGUCGAUCCUCUGGACCCGUUAAGCAGUUUAAUGUCGAGUACAGGUACACCAUCAUCGACCCAAAGGUAUCAAGAUUACGUGUCACCUAGGUCUCUAUCCACGGACUCGAGUGCCACUGAAAGUCCAGUUCACGAACAAGAUCAGUCGUUCAGUCAGAAUUGUUCGACGAACAAUUACUUUCCGACGCCAAGCGUAUUUCCUACAAUUCUCUACUCGCAACUCUACAAUAACACGCAGUUCCCAAGCGCCGAGGCAACCGACCAGCAACAACAGCAUCACCAUCACAGAGUGGCUGGUUUGGCGGAUGGAAGCUGCAGUGUUCGGGUGCCGGAAGAGGUCAGACCCGAUAACAAUGUUUGGCGGCCCUACUGAGCCAGCACCGAUGAGUCUCUGUCGCUUGGCGAGCUGGGCAUUAGUGAGACGGGCGACGCUGAACAGGUGCUUGACGAUCGUGGCGACUCGUCCUGGCUCUGUCGACUGUAGGCAUCAUCGACCACUCGUCUCCUGCGUUAUACUUCGAUUCUGUUCGUGAUUUCAAUUGCACAGUGUUCUAAAAGCAAUAUCUUCGUUUGUCCAAAAGAUUCGUUGUCCGGGCAAGAAAGUUCGAUUUUUCAGAUUCGAUAACAAAUUUUUCACAAUCAGUCAGCUGAAAUGCUAGUUUUCAAUUGUGUUACUUUUAGUGAGAGAGAGAGAGAGAGAGAGAGAGAGAGAGAGAGAGAGAGAGAGAAAGACUAAGAAGCAAGUGUUAGUGAAAUCAUCAUUGGUGAGUGAUACAUGCAUUAUAAAUACAUAAAAGAAUGAUUUAUGAAAGUAGUAAGCAUACUCUGUAAAUAAUUGUACAUAGUUUAUUGAGCUGCAUAGCUAAUAUACAUGUAUUAAAAAAUGCAAUGUCUCCCCGCCGAAAAAAAGAACAAAACAUUUUCAGAUGACAGACCGAAAACCUAUGUGAUAGGUAUUUAGUCAUGGGCACGAAAGAGCUUUGAAGAAAGAAUAUAUAUAGUUGAAAAUUGAAUAGAAAAGAUGCUACUUCGUCAUUUUCUUAAAGUUUGAGAUGGUGUGUCAGUAAAACGGGAACAUCAUCCACUAGACAUUUUUCAAAUACUCUUUAUAUCAAGUGUCAAAUCCUGCGAUAAGCGUACGUUGACAGCACAUCGCUAGUUAUUCAUUUUUCGAUUAUGUUUUCAUAGUAUAUAUUAUUGCUUCCUGUAAUUGAGUAGUUAAUAAAAGAAAAAAGGUGCAUACGUUGCUGUCACGGGAAUCGUGCAAUAGCUUAACCAAAGCCAAAGCGAGAGGAGAAAAUAGCGUCAUCAUCUUGCAAAGCAUCUUACGCGAUGAAUAAUAACAAUUGAAAGCAAAUUUAUGAAGACGUACGGGAUAAAGUUAAUCGAAAUAAAAGAAAGAAAAAAGAAAUCAAAUGAGGGUAAUUUAAAAAAAAAGUAAAUAAUUGCGGUUAACGAAUAGAUCAACGAAAGCAAUUUAAAUUUAUUUUCUUUGAAUCGUAGCAAAGAGUUUUACAUUAAAAUUCAUUUCGCCGCAGGAAGAUGAAAUACACGGCGCACUUUGGUCGUUACAAAUACAUAUGUACUUGGCCAUUGACUAUCGUUACACAUAGCUUUCAUUUCUCGUUCAUAUUCAACCAUAAAAGUAACUACCAACAAUAAACGUACAUCAAAUUCAUUGCAGAUCAGUUCCAAUAAAACAUAUCUAGCGUUUAUUGUUACUGUAGUUUUUGA